CACGCAGCGAACAGCGCCAUCGAGGAGAAUUCCGGCGUCGACUCUCCCCAUUGCUUUUUCAACAUUAUCGUCGUUUCUAGACAAUGUAGGAGCAAUUAGGAUGCGGCAUGCCAUUCCGCUAUACCUCCACCAGCGCGGCCUGGCCCGCUCAACUGCCAGCGCGAACUGCAGCAUGGAGUUGCCAUCGCUUCUUCCACGCCUCGCCGCGCGCCCUCGGCCUUGAUGGCAACACCAGCGGUCCCACGAAUCAUUAUGAGACGCUCAACGUGCAUCCGACCGCGACCGCGGCGGAGAUCAAGAAAUCCUUCUACCUCCUCUCCAAGCGCCACCACCCGGACCACAACCCCACCGACCCGCACGCGCCCGCCCGCUUCAUGCGCAUCAGCGAGGCGUACGCGGUCCUCGGCCACGCCGAGAAGCGCGCCCGCUACGACCGCGAGCACGCCCGCCUCCUGAAUCCGCACUACCACCACCACCACCAGCAGCAACCGCCGAGAAAGGGGUCCUACCACAGCACGGGCCCGGCCGGCGGCCGCCCGGCUUCCGGGCUCAGCCGCAGGCGCGGCGCCUUCCAGGGUCCGCCGCCCAGCUUCUACCGCAGCGGCGGCUGGGGCGCCUACGGCGCCAAGCGCAGCGCCGCGCACGAGGAGAGCACCGGUGCCGGGUUCGGGACGGAUACGAGAGGUGCUCCGCCGCCGCCGCCACCACCACCGCAUCCUCCUCCUCCGCCCCCGCCCGGAGGUGCGUUUGGCGGGGGUGGUGGUGGGUUCGGAACGGGCGGGAUGGGUCCGGGUCAGGACCCGUUCGGACACCGGGACGACGUGCCGCAUUUUGACCGGGAGGCGCACGAGCGUGCGCAGCGGAGGGUGGAUGACAGGAGGGCGCACCGGAUCGCCAAGGAACGCGGGGUUGAUAUCGACCACCUGGAGAAGCCGACGACGAUGAGCUUCUUUGGGGUGGCAGCCAUCCUGGCGAUCGUGGUGAUGGGGCCAUUCCUGAUAUCUGGCAUGUUC